AUGUCUGCCAACUUCGGACGCCGGCUAUACGCCCAUCUCUGGGAGAGUGCUCCUUUCUUUGGCCGCAUCCGCACAACCCGCAGCACCGCCAGCCCGCGCGCCUUCUGCAGCUCUCCCAGAACCGCCUUCUCGACGGGAAGAAUCAUCACCAGGAGAGUCGCCUCUGGUGGCUUUCUUGUGGUAGGCGUCUCUCCAAGCUCGACGGCAGCCGAGGCCAGUGCAGCAUGCAUCGGACCCUCGAGGAAGAUCGCCUCCCAGUAUAUCUGGAAGCGAGCUCUUCACACACCGAACCACAAUCGACACGCAAAAACACCCGACGAUAAUGACUCCUCUCACACAAAAGCAUCCACGAACAACUCCUCUCCCAAAACCUCUCCUCCCCAAAACUCCUCUUCUCAACCAACACCGCCAGAACUGCACCAGCGCCAUCUGAUGGACCGCUUGCCACACAUGCCCCAUCUCCAUCGGCCAACGAAGGAAGAACUUCUCGCCGCCGCAACUGGAUUCUGGUCGCGCCUCAAGGUGCGCUUCAAAUGGUUCUCUAUACGAAGCGUACGGCCAUUCAAUUUGGAUGAGAUCACCGCGCUCUUCUCUUGGGUUCUGCUAGGCCACGUAGUGUGGAUAGUCCUAGGAACGACCACGUUCUUCUCGCUGCUGAUUCUUGCUAUCAACACGGUCUUUGCCCAAGAAACCCUAGCGGGAUGGGUCGGCAACUACCUGACGAAAUCGUCUGGAGUGAAAGUGGUUUUCGAAUCUGCCAUCGUGCCCAAGUGGAGAGGCGGUGUCAUUACCUUCAAAAACGUCUUUGUAUCCAAGCGGCCAGGCCAGGGGACAGGAUAUGUUAGUAAGGGCUCGCCGAAGACGGCCGCUGCCGCAGCAGCUGUCGCCGCAGCCCGUGGGGACAUUGUAUCGGAAGAUUUGCUAGUAGUGUCUGAAGAAGAAGACACCAACUAUACCCAGUUCGAUCUGUCGAUCGAGACGGUUAAUGUCACCCUGUCGUUUACGAGGUGGCUGAAUGGGAAGGGCUUGCUUCGUGAUGUCGAGGUGAAGGGGAUCCGGGGAGUGGUCGACCGUCGGUCCGUCCACUGGUCGGAUGAGGAUUAUCUAGAUCCCAAGUCCUACCGGCAUGAGCACAAUCCCGGAGAUUUUGAGAUUGGCUCGUUCCAGAUGCACGAUGUACUGGUCUCAGUCUACCAGCCGGACAAUUUCCGGCCCUUCUCCGUCAGCAUCUUCUCGUGUGAUCUUCCUCAGCUGCGGAAGCAAUGGCUUUUCUAUGACUUCCUCUCGGCCAACAUGAUCUCGGGAUCUGUUGACAAUUCCCUGUUCACCAUCCACCCUCGUCAGACCCACGGCUUCACGGGUGCCCGUUUAGACGACGGGGCAGACGAUGGCGAGUCCAGCCCGUGGAAACAGCAUAACCGCAUCCGGGUUGACGGUCUCAACAUUGAUCAUCUCAACCGCGGUGUGCAAGGCCCAUUCUCGUGGAUUCAUGAAGGCACGGUGGAUAUCGUGGCGGACAUUAUGCUGCCUGCCGAGAACGAUGAGAGCCUGGCCAAGGUCAUGGCCGACUUCUACGAUCGAUUGGAAGCCACCGUCAGCUCCAACCGGUACUCCGAAUCGGUUCCCUACGGGCCUGAGCAGCAGACCGACGGGGCAGACCGGCGAUUCCUCGUCAUGGAUCUGCGCCUCCACCUCAACAACGUCCGGGCCGUGGUGCCCAUUUUCACCCGGGACCUUUCUUACAUCAACAAUGCCCUCAUCCGCCCGAUCGUAGCAUACAUCAACUCGAAGCGCACCUUCAUCCCGAUCAACUGCCGCUUGGUCAAGCGUGUGGGCGACUUCGACGGCAGCUGGACCAUCUUCGACAGUGGUCUGAUGGACGAUCUGUCGGCAGCGACGUACGAUGCCUUUGCGCGGGACGUGGUGGAUGAUCAGGCGCGGAAACGACGGUUUAAGAAAGUGGGCUUCUGGUCGCUGCAACUGGCGGCGCAGGCCAUUUUCAUGGGCAUGGCCGGCAACAUUGCCUGA